AACGAACAUUACAUCGACAUCAACCAACAUCGAUAGCAUACAUAUUUCACAGGAAAGACCAUUAAAUUCAUUGGACUGAAGGGAGAAAACUACCAUCCACCAUGGCUAUGGACAAUAAGACAGUGCGGGAUGCUAUCCAGAUUCAUGGAACAGACCCACAGUUCCUAAUUGAAAAGAUUCUCAGGACUCGCAUAUAUGAAUCAACCUACUGGAAAGAACACUGUUUUGGCUUAACAGAAUCCUCAAUUAUUGAGAAGGCUUACGAGCUUAAGUACAUUGGCGGUCAAUAUGGAGUCCAGAAACCUACAGAGUUCAUCUGCCUUGUUCUCAAACUAUUGCAAAUUCAGCCCCGCGAGGAGAUUGUGAUCAAGUACAUCACAGGCCUGACAGAGUCUGAUAAUAAUAAAUAUCUACGUGCCUUGGGGGCAUUUUAUUUGCGCCUAGUCGGGAAGCCUGUCGAUAUCUACAACUAUCUUGAGCCUUUACUAGACGAUAGUCGAAAGUUAAGAAAGAGGGGUGCAGGAGGAUAUUCAAUUAUUCAUAUGGACGAAUUUAUUGAUGAUCUGUUGCGGGAGGAACGUGUUUGCGAUAUAGUGUUGCCUCGUCUUGUAAAAAGACAUGUACUGGAAGAUGCUGGAGAGCUGGAUCCUAGAAUAAGUACUCUUGAAAAACUGGAAAUGGAACUGGAAGAGGAAAGAAAAGCUGAAGAGGCAGCGGCAAGGCGCGAAGAUGGAGGCAAGAGAUCACGCUCGUCUUCUCGCUCUAGAUCACGAUCUAUUAGUCGUAGCCCUAGUCGUAGUCGCAGCCGUAGUGUUAGUCGUAGUCGCAGUCGCAGUCGCAGUCAAAGCCGUAGUCGAAGCAGAAGUAGAAGCGCAGACAGGAGCAGAAGGAGCAAAAGUAGAGGCACAAGUCGGAGCAGGAGCAAAAGUCGGUCGCCCAGCCGCUCAAGAUCCCCUCAUCGCGAUCAACAUUCAUAUUCUGCUGAAUUAAGCCGUAGGAACAGGACUGAUCGUACUCGCGACCGAAGUCGUAGCACGAGUAGAAGUAGAAGUCCCGAUAGGAAGAGACGCGCGUAUUAGAGACAUCAAAAAACUGUGCAGGAGC